CAGUUCCUGACCCUGCAGCGCGGGAAGAGAGCCAGCGGCUUGGAGCCGGGUGGGGAUCCCCUUGAACUGCGGCGUCUGUGAGCAAAGGAAAUAACAAAAAAUGACAAGUAGAAGACUUGAGGAAUCCUCGGGGGCUGUUCAGAUGGGAUUAGUCAAAAUGCUUAAAGGAUUCCAAAACAAAGUUUUGCCACCCCUGAUUCCAAAGGUAGUGACAGAAGAAGAAGUAAACCGAAUGCUAACUCCCUCAGAGUUCCUGAAGGAAAUGUCCCUCACCACGGAGCAGAGACUGGCUAAUACACGGUUGAUGUGCCGACCACAGAUCAUCGAGCUUUUAGAUAUGGGGGAAACAACACAUCAAAAGUUUUCAGGAAUCGACAUGGAUCAGGCAUUAUUCCAGCCCUUUCCAUCAGAAAUUGUAUUUCAGAACUACACUCCCUGUGAAGUCUAUGAAGUUCCACUGGUUCUGAGGAACAAUGACAAAAUUCCAAGGUUGGUGAAAGUUGUUGAGGAAAGUUCACCUUACUUUAAAGUAAUCAGCCCCAAAAAUGUUGGCCGCAAAGUAGCUCCAGGAGUGCCAUCCAUAUUCCGAAUCCUCUUUAUUCCAGAGGAGAACAAGGAUUAUGCCCAUAUGGUGACCUGUGUUACGGAGAGAGAGAAGUUUAUCGUACCCAUCAAAGCCAGAGGUGCACGAGCCAUCCUAGAUUUUCCUGACGAGCUGAAUUUUUCCACUUGCCCUGUCAAAUACAGCACUCAGAAAAUUCUGCUGGUACGAAACAUUGGCAAUAAAGAUGCUGUGUUUCACAUCACAACUUGCAAGCCUUUCUCUGUAGAGCCGUCUGUUGGAACUCUUAGUGUGGGAGAGUCCAUGCAACUGGAAGUGGAUUUUGAGCCACAGACUGUGGGAAAUCACAGCCAAAGGCUUAUUGUGUAUUACGACACAGGUGAAAAAGUGUUUGUGUCACUGUAUGGAGCUGCCAUAGAUAUGAAUAUAAGGCUAGACAAGAAUUCUCUGAUUAUCGAGAAAACCUACAUAUCUCUCGCCAAUCAGCGAACUGUAACCAUUUACAACCGCAGUGACAUCAUUGCCCAUUUCCAGUGGAAGAUAUUUGCUGCCCAGGGAGAAGACGACAACGAAAAGUACAGGGUCUGUGAGCAUCUACUCAAAGAGGAAAAGAAUGAGACUGAUGAAUUUCUAGAAGAGUGUGUUACUGAUCCUUCCCUCCGAGAACGGCUUUCCGUUCUCUCCCGCACCUUUGAGAAUCAGAAGAGGCUUAUCCAGGCAACCGGCGUGCUCUUCCUGAAUAACAUUUUCACAAUUGAGCCCCUGGAAGGUGAUGUCUGGCCCAACUCAUCAGCUGAAAUCACUGUGUACUUUAACCCUCCGGAAGCCAAAGUCUACCAACACACUGUUUACUGUGACAUUUCAGGCCGAGAAAUCCGUCUGCCCCUCCGAAUCAAAGGGGAAGGAAUAGGACCGAAGAUUCACUUCAACUUUGAAUUGCUGGAUAUUGGAAAAGUUUUUGUUGGAUCUGUACAUUGUUAUGAGGCAAUACUAUUCAACAAAGGCAGCAUUGAUGCCCUCUUCAACGUGAUCCCUCCAACUUCGGCUUUGGGGGCCUGCUUUGUUUUCAGUCCCAAGGAAGGCAUCAUUGAACCAAGCGGAGUCCAGGCUGUCCAGAUUUCCUUCAGUUCCGCCAUCCUGGGGCACUUCGAAGAAGAGUUCCUGGUCAGUGUCAACGGGUCACCUGAGCCUGUGAAACUGACCAUUAGAGGCUGUGUCAUUGGACCCACCUUCCAUUUUAAUGUUCCUGCUCUGCACUUUGGUGACGUUUCCUUUGGGUUUCCUCAUACCUUGAUAUGUUCCCUCAAUAAUACCUCCUUGGUUCCCAUGACCUUCAAACUGCGUGUCCCUGGGGAUGGCAUUGGCCAUAAAAGCAUUUCAAAUAGUGAGCAGUAUUCAGACAACAAAAGACCACCUUGGAACAAGGAUGAAGUACCCAUAACAAAACCAAAGGAAUUCACCAUCACUCCCGACUGUGGCACCAUUCGCUCCCAAGGAUUUGCUGCUAUCAGGGUGACCUUAUGUUCCAACACUGUGCAGAAGUAUGAGCUGGCUCUGGUGGUGGACGUCGAGGGCAUCGGGGAAGAAGUGCUGGCGCUCCUGAUCACAGCCAGGUGUGUUGUACCUGCCCUCCAUGUGGUUAAUACAAAGAUGGACUUCGGGUACUGCUUCCUGAAGUACCAAUAUAAGAAAACGGUCCAGCUUGUCAACGAUGAUGACCUCCCAGGAUGCUAUGAGGUCCUGCCUCAGGUAAAUGAGGCCUCGCCAGCUGUGUUGCUCUCUAGUCCCAGCCCCUGUGGAAUCAUCUUGCCACACAGCACCGUUCACAUACCUUUGACCUUGGAGACCCAGGUCACUGGGAAGCACAGGUCCACAGUUUACAUCUCGAUCUUCGGGAGCCAGGACCCUCCUCUGGUAUGUCACGUAAGGAGCAUCGGAGGAGGCCCCGUUAUCUACGUACAUCCCAUUCAAGUUGAUUUUGGCACCAUCUGUGUCCUACAGGACUCCUCCAGGAUUCUCAACCUAUCUAACCAGUCCUUCAUCCCCGCAUUAUUUCAGGCACACAUGGUACAUAAAAAGUCCCUUUGGAGAGUUGAACCCAGUGAAGGCGUGGUUCCCCCGGAAACUGAUAUUCAACUGACAGUGACGGCCAACCUGAACGAUACACUGACCUUCAAAGACGUGGUCAUUUUGGAAAUUAAAAAUAGCAACACCUAUCGGAUUCCUGUCCAGGCUUCAGGAAGUGGUUCCACCAUUGUUUCAGAUAAGCCCUUUGCUCCAGAACUCAAUUUGGGAGCGUAUUUUAGCCUGGACACCUGUUACUACUACUUCAAAUUGACCAACAAGGGACGUCGCAUCCAACAGUUAUUCUGGAUGAAUGAAAAUUUCUGCCCCCAGAAGAAGCUGAGCAAGAGAGGCCUAGCUAAGAAGGGACUUGCUAAGGGCCAGUCCGAGCGCCAGGGCUCCCAGGCACCCAGGGAUCCCCACGACCCCGUGUUUCAGCUCUACCCAGUCAGGAUAGAGCUGUACCCAGGCCAGACCAUCGAUGUGACACUCAAAGGCUAUUCUGCUACUCCCAGGAUAGUCACAGAAAAGCUGGUGUGCCACUCCACCAUUGGAGCGCAGAAGGAGAAGAGCUUGGUCAUGACUGUGAACGUCAUCUGUGAGUUUAUAGCACCACUUAUCCAGCUCUCCGCCAAGCAGCUCACGUACCGACUAGAGAAGAAACCUAACGCUAUCUUGGAACCUGAUUCCCAGCCCUUGGUCAUGAAGAAUAUUUCCACGUUGCCCGUGACUGUGUUGCUCUCAACAAGCAGACCCUUUGUCGUCUGUGAGGCUGACAAAUCUCCGCUGCCCUUAACUUCUGAGCCAAUGAAACUGGGGAUUGGUGAAGAAAAAAACCUGCUGGUCAAAUUUGACCCUUCCUACCGAAACGAUUUGAACAACUGGGUGGCAGAAGAAACUCUGGCAAUCAAGUAUGUGGAGCACCCUCAAGUAGACAUCCUGAACCUUCGUGGUGAGGUGCAUUACCCCAACCUCAGCUUUGAGACCAUGGAGCUGGAUUUCGGCUGUAUCCUGAACGAUACUGAGGUGAUCCGCUACAUCACCAUCACCAACUGCAGCCCAUUGGUUGUGAAGUUCCGCUGGUUCUUCCUGGUAGACGACGAGGAAAAUCAGAUAAGAUUUGUGACAUGGCCGAGGAAGCCCCACAGUGCCCUCCUGUCCCAGACGGAGUCCAUCCCAGAAACCUUAGUGUCUGCCAGCUUGCCAGCAGUCCCAGCAGCAGAGUCCCCUGAGAUUGAUCUAAGUGACUUCAUUAAGACUAUCCUUGUGGAUGAAAAAUUGGGUUCCGAAGAAAACGAGCAGGAAAAAGAGCAAGUGCCAAACCUGGUCAUCUCAGAGGGAGUAAAAGUGAACUCUGCUGAAACAGAAAGAAUAGACCCAAACCAGAGCCAGGUGGAGUUUCAGGAAUCCCUAUGGUUAUCUGAACAGGAUGAAAUGCUUUCCAUUGGGAUAGAAGAAGUGUUUGAUAUUUUGCCCCUCUAUGGAGUGCUAAAGCCAAACGGUAGCCUCCAGAUAUCUUUCACCUUCUACGGACACUGUGACAUCGUGGCCCAGGCUAAAGCUCUGUGCGAAGUGGAAGGAGGGCCCACCUACGAGAUAAUCCUGAGGGGACAGGCGUCCCUGAUCAGCUAUUCCUUUGACACCAAGGACAUUAACUCUGGAUUACAGCUGUUUCACCAAGUCACAGAGACUGAAAUCACGCUGAAGAACACUGGGAAAGUCAGCUUUGAGUUCAAGGUUCUCACUGCCCACCAGUUUGCACCAGACAGCCUUGUGCCCGGAGUGCCACUCAUCCUGCCUGUCUCGGGUUUUAUCAGUUCACUUAAAGAGCAGGUGUUGAAGGUUUACUACUUAUCUGGAGUACCUGGAGUCUUUCAAAGGAGUUUCCAGAUACAGAUCGCCCACCUUGACCCAGAAAAUUUCACACUGAGUGGAGAAGGCAUCUUUCCCCGCAUCUGCCUCGACCUCCCCAGGAACCUCAAAGGAAAUGAAAAAUAUGAAACCUUCUUUAAUCAGGCCAAACAAAACCUAGAAAAAGAGUACAACAUAUAUGAAACAUUGGAUCACUUAGAGACAACUGAGGAAAUGCCUGAGGAUAAAUCUUUUGAGUUAAAUGCUCAACUCCAGAUGGAAGUAGAGCGACUUAUAGUCGAAGACUAUGCCCUAGAACAUCAGAAAACAGUUAUGCCCAAUCCCAUGGACGAUGGCAGCCAUCGGAGUCGCCGCAGACUGGCCAAAAUCCACCUGCCGGAGUAUAUCCUGGACUUUGGCUUCAUCAUCCUUGGUGACAUCCGAACCCACAUCAUCAAGAUCACCAACACCAGUCAAUUCCCAGUGUCCUUCCACGCGGAAAAGCGCGUCCUUCACGACACAGGCUUCAGUACCGAGCUAGACCGUGUAAAGAAUCUGCCUUACUGUGAAACGGAAACAUUUGAAGUGAGAUUUGACCCACAAGGGACCAAUCUUUCUGUUGGCCACAAAGAAGUCAUUCUGCCCAUUAAGGUGGUUGGAGGCCCAACAGUUCACAUCUGUCUCCAAGCCACAGUGACCGUUCCCACUAUGGCACUGUCUUGUGAAAAAGUGAACUUUGCUACAAUUCAGUGUGGACAGUGCCUCAUGGAAACCAUUCAGCUUUCCAAUCAUCUCCAAGUCCCUUGUGAAUGGUUUGUCCACAGCCCUAAGCCAUUUAACAAGCUGGAGAAACACAUGCCAAAGUACUUAAGACAGAAGCUACGUGCUGAAUUAAAGCCAAACACACGGAUCUUUGAGGUCCAGCCUAUGUCUGGGGUUUUGCAUCCUGAUGAGAAGUCCAAUGUGCAAGUGAAAUUUAUGCCCAAAGAAGAGAAAUUCUACAGUCAAACCCUGGUAUUCCAGAUUGUGCAGGGUGCUCAGAAGCUUACGCUGCUGGUACAGGGGCAAGGUUUAGAGCCACGCCUGGAAUUUAGUCCUUCAGUUCUGGAGCUGGGGCCACUGCUGCCUUAUGCACCUGGAGACGAGGCCGAGGUGGUGGUGAAGAAUCCCUGCGACUUUCCCAUUGAGUUUUACUCCUUAGAAUUUGACCAGCAGUAUCUCCUAGACGAGAAGAUCUUGCGAAUGCUGAAGGGUUAUGAUUCCUACAACACCCUGCUGCUGCCACCCCGCGUCCCGGGAGAGAAGCUGCCCCCAGAGGUGUAUGAGUACUUUAAGGAGAUUAAACGGUCAAAAGAGGAGCAGAUGAAGAUGAAAUAUCUGGAGACUCUGGCACAGGAAAAUGACGAUGAAGAUGUGUCCUUGUCAGAUCAGGGAACCUCUGCCUUAAUGAAGAAGACCUCACUGAGCCGAGGGACCUCUGUCAUGUGUGACCUGGAAGAGUGGCAGGAGUCCAAGAUCAACCUAGAUGAAGAGGAAGAUGACGAAAGCCUGGAAAAAAUGUUUCAAGCUGACAAGAUACAGAGCACUGACAGCCAUUCCACAGAGGAAGCUGGGGAAGUGGAGAACAACCCCGUGAGCAAGGCGAUUGCUCGCCACCUGGGCAUAGAUAUUUCUGCAGAAGACCAAAUGGCCAAGAACCGGAAAGGCAUUGCCAUUAUCAUCCAUGGGACACCCGUGUCAGGAAAGUCAGCCACGGCGGUCAGCAUUGCCAAGUACUAUAAUGCAGCCUGCUUACACAUCGACUCCAUCGUGCUGGAAGCCAUCAGUGACGGCAGCAGCAUUGCGGGGCUCCGGGCCCGGGAGCUCUGCAUCAGGGCUGCCAUAGAACAGUCCAUGAAGGAAGGAGAGGAGUCUGUCCAGGAGGUCAAUCUGAGCCAAAAUGCCAUGGGACAAGCACGACUGAGCAGUGAGACCCUGGGCAAGGUAACCUCAGAAUCCAUUCUGGCAAUCCCCGAAGUUAAACCUGCAAAGCCUGUGCGUGGGAGCAUGCUGCUCGCCAAGGGCAAGUCAGAGAGCCACAGCUCUGGGUCUCAGAAACAGCAUCACCAGCACUCGUCGGAAACACCCCAGGUUUCGUCCAGCCCUCUCCCCUCGGGGCCCACGCAGCAGCGGCUGAGCACCAGCACCAGUAUCGGAGGUGAGACUGGGCUCCUGAGCUGUGUGCUCCCUGAGGAACUGCUCGUUCAGAUGCUGGCUGAGCGCAUACAGCUGAGUGACUGCUACCAAGGGGUGGUGUUUGACAGCCUCGACACGCUCUUUGCUCGGAACGCAGCUAUUGGCCUCCUGUGCCUGCUGAAGGCCAUCGGCAACCGGGAGCACAUCUACGUUCUCAACAUGGCACAGGAUUACGCAGCCAUGAAGGCCCAGGAGAAAGCCAAAAAGGAGCAAGAAGAGCACAAACGCAGGGAAAUGCUUGAGAAAGAGAAGGAGCGUCUCCAAACUAUGGAUGAGGAAGAAUAUGAGGCCUUGACAGAGGAGGAGAAAAUUGUGUUCGAUAGAGAGGUUCAGCAGGCCCUCCGGGAGAGGAAGAAGAGAGAGAUGGAGAGAUUGGCAAAGGAGAUGCAUGAAAAGAAGCUACAGCAGGAGCUGGAGCGGCAAAAGGAAGAAGAUGAGCAAAAACGGAAGACCAGAAAGACAAAGCAAGCACCAGGAAAGGAGGAACCGUCCCUGAAGAAACCCCAGACAUCAGGCCGGCAGAUCACUACUUUGUCCAAACUAGAUGUCAAGAUGGACACAACAGAAAGAAAAAUCUCUGUGAAGGAGCAGGUAACAGAUGAGAAGGAAGAACUAAGCAAGAAGAGAAGGAACCAAGUGGCAGAUAACAGCAUCCUUGGGUUUCCUGUCGUGCAGGAGCAAGAGGACAGUGAAGGGGACCUCUCAAAGGAUGCUGACAAGACUUUGGUCCAGAAGUUUAAGACCUAUGAGUUGACUUGGAAAGAUAUCCAGAACAUCCUCACAUACUGGGACCGGAAGCAAGGAGUUCAGCUGCCUCCUGCUGGGAUGGAGGACUUGUCCCACGAGCCCGAGGACCAGCGCCAGGUUCCGUCGGGGGGGCGCAGGGGCCGCAAGGACCGGGAGAGGGAACGUGCAGAGAAGGAACGCGCCGAGAAGGAGCGCCUGGAGCGGGAGAAGGCCGAGAGGGAGCGUCUGGAGAAGCUCCGGGCCCUGGAGGAGCAGAGCGAUGGAGGAGAGGGAGACAGAGAGGAGGACCACGAAGGAAAGCGGGAUCUGGGUGUGCCCUUCAUACACAUCCAGACACCUGACGUGGAAGGCUGCAGCUGGAAGCAGGCUCUGGAGAAUGACAGGCUCCCCAAAGCGGAUCAGAUCCUAGACUCCUUGGGUCUCGGUUCGUCUGGACUGCCCAUCCCGCCUCCUGUCUUGUUCUCAGUCAUCUCCUACCCUGUGAAGCGGCAGCCUUUGGCCACGAUGGAAAUCCUGAGGCAUUUUGUGUUUGUAACUCCAUCCCAAGAUCUCUUCCUGCUGGAGGAGAAAAAAGAAGUGGAAUCAGAACCAGAGCUUUCAAACACCUCCGGCUCUAUGAAGGAGGAGCAGGCCGCCUCAUCUAAGGGGAACAAACAGAAACAGAAAGAGAAACCAGAUCAGGCCCGCGAGACUCAGAAGGACAAACGUCGCAUGGCUGUCAACAGGAAGGGCCUUUCCGGGGCAACUUCGCGAACGGUUGACCCGCUGUCAGACCUCGACCAGAACAACUUCUCUGGGCAGAACUUCCAGGAGAAAUUCAUCAGGCUGAAUCAUUUCCGGUGGAUCGUGCCAGCCAACGGUGAGGUGACGUUGCGAGUGCACUUCUCUUCUACUGACCUCGGGAACUUUGACCAGACGUUUAACUUUGAGAUCCUUGGAACUCGCCGUCAGUACCAGCUUUACUGCCGCGGUGUCUGCACUUAUCCAUACAUUUGCCAAGACCCAAAAGUGGUAUUCUCUCAGCGGAAGAUGGACAUGAAGAUAAAUGAAGUCAUCUUUAAGAAGUAUGUUAUGAGCAUGGAGAGGUUUUACUUCGGGCCACUGCUGUGUGGAAAAUCAAGAGAUAAAUACAAGUCAUCCUUGUUCCCGGGCAACACGGAGACACUGACCAUCCUGAACACUUCCCCAAUGGUCGUGGACGUGUUCUUCUCUUUUCAGAACGAUGUCAAAGCAAGCACCUACUUCUUGGAGCCUGUCAACAUGAUUCUAAAACCCAAUGAGAAGCAGACGCUGACCAUAUGGGCCUACCCUACUGCAGUCGGUGUCUUUGAAGACAGCGUUGUCUGCUGCAUCAAGGAGAACCCAGAGCCAGUCAUCUUCAAAUUAAGCUGCCAGGGGGUCCGCCCAGAACUGGAGCUGGACCCCCGGCAAUUACAUUUUGACCGGCUCCUGCUGCACAGAAAAGAAUCCAAGGUAGUUCUUCUCCGCAAUGUCACACCCCUGCCUGUAGCCUGGCGGAUCUCUAGCCUGGAGCACCUGGGCGACGACUUCACCGUGUCCAUGUUACAGGGCUCCAUCCUCCCCAAGGCUGAGUGCAGCCUGCAGGUGCACUUCCAGCCCUCCAGAGCCGUCAACAUCAAGAAGGCAAUUCGGCUGGAGGUGUUAGACGUGGACAAUCUUGUUGGAGUUGUUCAGGUUGAGAACAUCGCCAUCUUUGCAGAGUCCUACGACAUUGCCUUGGACAUCACCUUUCCCAAAGGAGCUGAAGGAGGCCUCGAUUUUGGGAUUGUGAGGGUCAUGGAGGAGGUGAAGCAGCCCCUGCAACUGAAGAACCGUGGGAAAUACGAGAUCAUGUUCAGCUUUUCUGUGGACUCCUUAGGGAUUUCGGUGACUAAUUUAAAUUCUAUGAUCUCAGUCCAGCCGAAGAAGGGCUCAUUGACCACAACAGAAAAGCCCACAAAUGUCCAGGUGUUCUUCCGUGCAAAAAAGGAAGUGAAGGUUGAACACCAACCAGUCCUGCGCUGUCAGAUUAUUGAACCCAAUGUCGCAGAAGGAGGUGAAAUCAUCGCCAGCAUCCCAAUUAAAUUUUCCGUGAAUGCAGUGUUCUCCAAAUACAGCAUCAGCCCACCCUCUGUUAUCAACUUUGGAGCUUUGAUCUGUGGCACUCGUAAGAGUGCCACCUUCACCAUAGAAAAUCACGGUGUUACUGACUUCAAGUAUGGCCUUCACAGGCUGACGGGGGAGAGCCCCAUUAAUCAAAAGAAAGUAAUCAGCAAUAUUCGGCAGGCAAGAUCCCGGGAAAGUGACAGCUUCAGCAAGACUGGCCCUUCCAAAGCAACCAAGUUUUCCGAGUCUGUUCCGAAAGAUGUAAACCUCACUAACCAGGUCCGCUUCACCCAUGGCAUGUUCACCGUGUACCCUGGGUUUGGCUCCGUUCCUUCCGGAGGAAUGCAGACCAUCAAUGUUGACUGCGUGGCUGACCCUGUGGGAAGGUGUGAGGAGUUCAUAGCUAUCGAUAUCUCUGACCGAGACCCAAGAGACCAGCCCGCUGGCAUUCUUUACAGCCUGUUGGCUGAGGCCUGUGUACCAGCCUUCGUGACGGACAACAAUGCUUUGAUAUUUGAGGAGCACCAGGUCUGUCGCAGCAGCCACAUGCACAGCAUCCUGCAGACCAUAGAGAGUGGGGGGCUGUUUGUGGAAGACGAGAACAAGUUCAUCUUCAGGAACGUCCUGGUGGGCCAUCAGGCCAAGGCUCGGUUCAAGAUCAGCAAUGUGGGAAAGAUCGCGUGUGACGUGAGCCUUGCAGUUAAGCCCAUCUCCAACAAGGUUACUGCUCGCAUCAUCGACAUCUUUGAAGUGGAACCCAACAAGAUGUGUGUUGCCAGUCGUUCACACGCCUUUGCCACGGUGGCCUUCACCCCGCAGACCAUGCAGACCUACCAGUGUAUCUUUGAGGCCACCUUGGAUGGCUUGCCCAGCAACCUGACCAAGAACCGAAGCCUCACGUUUGAUAUCAUGGGAGAGGGGAACCUCCCUCGAGUGACCGUUGUGCGGCCAAUUCUCCAAAACCAAUACGGAAACCCCUUGCUCCUCUUUAAGAGGCUUCUUCUUGGUCAUUCAGAGAAACUACCUCUCAUCCUCAAGAACAAUGGCGCAAUCCCCACCCAGCUGCAUGUUGACCUGCAGGACCAACUAGGAGUCUUCUCCCUGAAAGGGAGGCCCACUACCUCCUACAUCUAUAUCAAAGAGGAAAACAAACCCCAUGCAAAAGCAAAGAAAGCUCACACAGCCUCUCUGGUUGUUCCUCCUGGAGUCACAGCAGAAUUUGAUGUUGUUUUCCACUCCCAGAAGGUUGGGAGAAUGACAGGCGUCAUCCACUUGUCAGUGAUCGACAACCAGUACGAGGACACGGUCAUCCACCUGGUGGGAGAGGGCUAUGAGGACGACGUCACUUUGGACAACAUCCACGGGCUGAUGGUUUCCGGCAGCCAGGAGACCUCAGACAUCUCCGAGGCCAUCGAGGAAAACACUAUGGAAGACUUGGUGGCAGCUGCUCUGGUGGACCACAUCCAGUUUGGGGACUGCCACAUUGGAAAUAGCUAUAAAGUGAGCUUCACAAUCACGAACCACAGCCAAGUGAAUGUGCUACGGUUUCAAUGGCCCCUUUUAGCUACAGUUACCUUUUCCCCACAGAUUGGCCACCUUCACCCUGGGUGUGCCAAAGACACAGUGGUGACCAUGAAGUCAGACGUCCCCAUCAAACUGAAGAAGAUGGGGGUCAAGUGCAAGUUCUUCAAGAUCACGUUUCAACUCCCUGCAGACCAGGUUCCCGACUGGGAUGACCGCAUGCGCACAGUCAAGUGGGUGGACGUGCCCAGAAACAUGCCUGGGACUGUGACUAUAAAACGAAAAGUGAUAGAGACGGAUCCUGAGCCUGCUCACUCAGUGCUGGAAGAACACUACCGAGAACUAAUGCUUCAGAUCAGUGCCAAUGUGGAUUUCGCUUCAUACCAGUGCCAGACGAGAGAUGUGCACUUUAAGGAAACGCUCGUUUACCAGACCCGAGUGUUUGAGUUUGAACUGAUUAAUUCAGGCAAUGUGCAGCUGGAAUUCAACUGGAUCUCAGAAGAGGUGGCAAAGGCUGUGAGCUUCGCAAUGCCGGAUAACCAAGGUUUCUCUCAUAAAGACCAGCUUAGCCAGGGCACCCUGCCCACAGGCAGCACUCCGGACAGCGCCGUGGACCACUGGACCGACGCUCCCCCGCUGGCCUUCUCUGUGGAGCCCGCCUCAGGCACUGUGCAAGCCGGGAAGACGCAGAAGAUCAAAGUGAAAUUCUCCCCACUGGAGGUUGGAGACUUCGAGAGCAAUCUUUUCUGCCAGAUUCCCAACCUGCCGCCUGGAGAACAAGGCCCAGUCCUGUCAGUGAAAGGGCGGAGCUUCUUGCCCUUCUGCCAUUUUGACCUGAGAGACUCGGACUACAUCAGUGGUCAUCGGCGCAACCCAGAUCUCCGAGGGCCCGGUGGUGGGGCUCUGGGUCCGGACACGCGGGUGAUUGAGUUCACCAGCGUGGGCAUAGGAGGGAAUAAUCUCCGGACUUUUACAAUCCUGAACCCGACCACUAGCAUCUAUUCCUUCUGCUGGAUCUCUGAAGAAACUGAAAGUCUCCAGAACCCUCCAGCCUUCACAUGCCUUACAAAGAAAGGCUUCAUCCACCCUGAAAAGAAAGCUGAGAUUGUCUUCCAGUUCACGCCUUUCCAUCUGGACAUCACAGAAGCAUUCUGGAGUUUCUUAAUCCCCGAACACAACAUCACAAUCCCUUUCCUGCUGGUAGGCAGAGCCUCUGAACCUCUCAUCAUUCUGAACAAGUCACACCUCAACUUCAGUUGUCUCCUCAUCGGCAGAGAAGCCAGGGAGACCGUGGAGAUCGUCAACAAAGAAGAGCAGGGCUUCCAUUUUGCCUUCCAGGACAACUCCCGAUAUUCUGAAGGUUUCAGUGACAGCCUGGUCGUAUGUCCCAUGGAAGGCUGGCUCCCACCACAGUCCAGGUUACCAAUUGAUAUUUUCUUAACACCAAAGCAAGAAGGAGAUCUGAACUUUAAUUUGAUCUGCAAUGUGAAAAACAAAGCCCACCCUUUGACCUUAAAUAUCAAGGCUGAGGGCUACACUAUGAAUGCAGUGAUCAAGUGCAAAGAUAGGACUGGCGCAAUCACUCUCCUGACUCCCAACCAGACCACCAUGGUCAAUCUCUAUGAGGUGGGGUUGAAUGAAUGUGUCCAGUGUGAAUUCACCUUUAUCAACACUGGAAAGUUCAGCUUUAGCUUCCAUGCAGAGUUAUCUGGCCCCAAAGCCCUGCUGCAUUACUUGGCAUUUUCACCCAUUAAUGGCAGUGUGGACGUGGGACAGAGUGCACCUGCUGCCCUGUCUUUCCAACCACUGAAAAAGUGUGUCUUGAAGGGCCUGGAACUCAGAAUCAAGAUCAGCCAUGGGCCAACAUUUACAUGUAGCAUCUCAGGCUGUGCCGUGAGCCCGGCCAUCCAUUUCUCCUUCACCAGUUACAACUUUGGGACCUGCUUCAUGUACCAAGCUGGGAUGCCCCCAUAUAAACAAACCCUGGUCAUCACCAACAAGGAAGAAAUGCCCGUAAGCAUAGAUUGUUUGUACGCCAAUACCAACUUCCUUGAGGUGAACUUCCGUGUUGAUGUGAUAAAGCCAGGCAAGACACUGGAGAUUCCAAUUACCUUUUACCCUCGAGAAAGCAUCAAUUAUCGAGAACUCAUCCCCUUUGAAAUCAAUGGGCUCUCACAACAAGUAGUUGAAAUCAAAGGGAAAGGCACCGAAAUGAAGAUAGCAGUUCUAGAUCCAGCCAACAGAAUUGUGAAGUUAGGAGCUGUCCUGCCAGGACAGGUUGUGAAAAAAAUGGUUUCCAUCAUAAACAACAGCCACGCGCAGCUCACAUUUAACCAAUCAGUCCUGUUCUCUAAUCCAGAACUCCAGGAACCCAAGGUCAUCACCUUGAUACCCUUCCAAAACAUCACUCUGAAGCCCAAAGAAGCCCGUAAGCUGGAAGUCAUCUUUGCCCCAAAGAAGCGUAUCCCUCCUUUCUCCGAGGAAGUGUUCAUGGAAAGCAUGGGGCUCCUGCGCCCCCUCUUCAUCCUCAGCGGCUGCUGUCAGGCCCUGGAGAUCUCCCUGGACCAGGAGCAUCUGGCCUUCGGGCCAGUCAUAUAUCAGACGCAAGCCACACGUCGUAUCCUCAUGUUGAAUACGGGCGACAUGGGUGCAAGGUUUAAAUGGGAUGUCAGAAAAUUUGAGCCUCAUUUCUCCAUCAGCCCGAAAGAAGGCUAUAUCACUGCAGGCAUGGAGGUUUCUUUCGAAGUGACUUACCGUCCCACCGAGGUGGGCAAGGAGAGUCUCUACAAAAAUUUGCUCUGCUUCAUCCAGGGAGGCAGUCCUCUGAGCCUUACCCUCUCUGGAGUCUGUGUGGGACAACCUGCAGUAAAAGAGGUGGUAAAUUUCACCUGCCAGGUGCGCUCCAAGCACACACAGACCAUCCUGCUUUCAAACCGCACCAACCAGACCUGGAAUCUGCACCCCAUCUUUGAGGGUGAGCACUGGGAGGGGCCCGAGUUCAUCACUCUGGAGCCUCAUCAGCAAAACAAGCCCUACGAGAUUACAUACAGGCCCCGUACCAUGAACGUGGAGAACCGCAAGCAUCAGGGCAGCCUGUUCUUCGCCCUCCCAGAUGGGACUGGCUGGCUGUAUGCACUACAUGGGACUUCCGAGCUCCCCAAAGCUGUGGCCAUUAUCUCCCGCGAGGUGCCAUGUAAGACACCUUACACUGAGCUCCUACCAAUCAACAACUGGCUAAACAAGCCCCAGAGAUUCCGGGUCAUUGUGGAAAUGCUGAAACCAGAGAAGCAAGACCUAACUGUCACCUUAAAGGGCCUUGAUUACAUUGAUGUAUUGUCUGGCUCCAAGAAAGACUACAAGCUGAACUUCUUUUCCCACAAGGAAGGACUAUACAGUGCAAAGGUGAUCUUCCGAAACGAGGCGACCAACGAGUUCUUAUACUACAUGGUGAGUUUCAGGGUCAUCCCUUCAGGUGUCAUCAAAAUCAUCGAGAUGGUGAGCCCCAUCCGGCAGAGUACAUCGGCCUCCAUCAAGGUGGAGAAUCCCCUGCCCUACUCGGUGACCUUCUCUAUGGACUGCAGGGCGCCCGACAUCAGCCUGCCCUCCCAGUUUGUGGUGCCUGCCAACUCUGAGGGCACAUUCUCAUUUGAAUUCCAGCCCCUGCGAGCUGGAGAAACCUAUGGGAGACUCGUUCUGCACAACAGUGAUUUGGGUUACUACCAGUAUGAGCUUAAUUUGAAGGCCAACCCAGCACUGCCUGAAAAGCCUGUCCACUGCCAGGCCGUUCUUGGCAGCGGCCAGAGCGUCUUUGCCAAGAUCAUCAAUUAUACCCGGCAGAAGACAGAAUAUUACUGCAGGACCGACUGUCCAGACUUCCACACCGAAAAGGUCAUUAGCGCCGCCCCGGGGGCGCAGGGAGGCACUGAAGUCAGUGUGGAAAUCUAUUUUGAGCCCAGCCACCUGGGGGAGACCAAGGGCCUCCUGAGCCUGUCAUCACUCACAGGCGGGGAGUAUAGCAUCCCCCUCUUCGGAGUGGCUCUACCUCCCAAGCCACAAGGGCCCUUCAUGAUCCGCGCCGGGUACAACAUAGUCAUCCCCUUCAAGAACGUCUUCUACCAAACAGUCACCUUCUCCUUCAUCGUGGAGAACCCGGCCUUCUCCAUUCGUGCCGUUGACUCCGUGCGGCCCAAGAAGAUCAACAACAUCACGGUCUACUUUGAAGGAAACCCAUCAGGCAGCAAAACACCCAUAACCAGCAAGCUGAUUGUGGCGUGCCCUCCCGGGGAAGGCCGAGAAACAGGGGUUAAAUGGGUUUAUUAUCUGAAGGGGAUCACCGUUUAGUGGGAACCAGGGGCAGCAGCAUCAAGAAAAAGCCAUUUCCUCAGCCUUAAUAUUUAUGUAUUGUUCUAACCUGGCAAAGAAUAAAGAAAAUAGUCAGAAUUCUUAAGACACUGUUUUAGCCUCCUCCUUCAAUUGUAGGGGCACUUAUUUCCAUAUUAUAUGUAUUCCAGAUAUAUGUAUGAAAUAGAUGUGUUCCACAUUAAACAUGGUAACUACA